AUGGGGGAGGAUAAGAAGCGAGUUUGUUACUUUUUUGACUCUGACAUUGGCAACUACCAUUAUGGGCCAGGCCACCCCAUGAAGCCGACGCGUAUCCGCAUGUGCCAUUCGCUGGUCAUGAACUAUGGAUUAUACAAGCAGAUGGAGAUCUUCCGCGCCAAACCUGCUACGAAGCGGGAAAUGUCCCAGUUCCAUACCGACGAGUACGUCGACUUCCUGUACCGCAUAAACCCGGACAACGAGAGCCAGUUCAACAAGGAGCAAGGAAAAUACAAUGUCGGUGACGACUGCCCGAUCUUUGACGGUCUGUUCGAGUACUGCUCGAUUUCGGCUGGAGGCUCCAUGGAGGGUGCGGCGCGCCUGUCGCGCGACAAGUGCGACAUUGCAGUCAACUGGGCUGGUGGCCUGCACCACGCCAAGAAGGCAGAGGCGAGCGGCUUCUGCUACGUCAACGACAUUGUGCUUGGCAUCCUCGAACUGCUGCGCUACCAUCCGCGCGUGCUAUACGUCGACAUUGACGUGCACCACGGUGAUGGUGUGGAGGAGGCGUUCUACACCACCGACCGGGUCAUGACCUGCAGCUUCCACAAAUAUGGCGAGUUCUUUCCUGGCACCGGCGACAUCAACGACAUCGGCAUCAACAAGGGCAAGGGCUACGCGAUCAACAUCCCCUUGCGCGACGGCAUCAGCGACGAGUCGUACAAGAGCAUCUUCCGGCCUGUCAUGAAGCGCAUCAUCGAGUGGUACCAGCCUGGCGCGAUUGUGUUGCAAUGCGGCUCGGACUCGUUGGCUGGCGACCGCCUCGGUUCGUUCAACCUCUCGAUGCGCGGCCACGCUGCAUGCGUACAGUACAUCAAAUCGUUCAACCUUCCUCUUCUCAUGCUCGGGGGCGGUGGGUACACGGUCAAGAGUGUGUCGCGGACGUGGGCGUACGAGACGGGUCUGGCUGCAGGCGUCGAGCUCGGCGGCCAGAUCCCUAACAACGAGUACUACGAGUACUAUGGCCCCGAUUACGAGCUCGACGUUAAGCCAUCCAAUAUGACGGACCACAACCGGCGCGAGUACCUGGACAAAAUCCGGGAGCAGGUGUUUGAGAAGUUGCGCGACAAUUCAGCAGCUCCGGGUGUCCAAAUGCACUCUGUGCCCAAGCUGGCGCACGACGACGAGGACGGGAAUGAAGGCGAGGAUAACGAAGACCCAGACGACCGCCGUCCCAUGCGCCUGUGGGACAAGGAGAAGCAGCACGAGGCGACGCUGUCUGACUCGGAGGACGAGGGCCUCGGUGGACGCCGACACCACCAGAGCCACCGCGAGGGGUCGGACAAGGCGUCGAGCAAGCGUCGCAGGUCGAAGUCACCGCGGCUCGUCUCAGGUCCAGGCUCGGCAGCGGGACAGCCCGCAGCGGACCGGUCCACAUCCGUGGCGCCGGUGGCUGGCACAGCUGCGGCGGCAGCAACCGUGGCGCCGUCGACCGGCACGCUACCUGUCGCGGCGCCGAACGCGCCUUCUGCGAGCAUGGACAUAAAGCGAUGGGCGGCUGGGGUUGAGGGCGGUGUCGAGACUAGUGGGAGCGGCAGUAAGCCCGCAUCGGCGUCGCCAAAACCUGUGGCGGCAGACGAUGGUGACGUCGAGAUGGCGGACGUGAGCGGCGACCCGAAGCCGGCCGAGCCAGCAGCCGAGCCGACCACCGGGGAAGAGUCAAUGGAGACGGCCGAGGAGCCAGGGACGCUAUGUGGAGCGGGCGCAGGCGAUCAUGUCGCUGAGGGCGCAUAG